AUGGCUAUCGACGAGAAGAACCUGGGCCACGUCGAGGACCCUGCCGUGGAAACGCAGACAGACCUUGCCAACCUCGCCAACUUGGAAGAGCAUGAGGUCGGCAAGUGGGCUUCCUUGAAAAAGUACCCCCUGGCCUGCUUCUGGUGCAUGUACGCCGUGUGGUGCGUCUUGUUGGUCAGUUUCGAGAACCAGGCCGCUGGCAGCGUCAUCAGCAUCCCGGAGUUCCGCAAGGACUUUGGCUAUAAUUACCAAGGCGAAUGGACACUCCCUGCUAGCUGGCAAUCGGCAUUUUCUGGAGCACCUGUGGCCUCUGGUAUCGUAGGAUCAUUGGCCUGCGGUCAAAUCGGAGAUCUCAUCGGCAGACGGGGAGUCUUGAUAGGCUGUUUCGUCAUCACCUUUGCUGCAGUAACAGUCGAGUUCAUCGCAACCACUAAUGCCGUGUUCUUCGCGGGGAAGUUUAUCAAUGGAUUCGCCGUCGGUGCCAUUGCUACCUUGACCGUGGCUUAUAUUGGCGAAAUUACACCCCUUGCCCUUCGUGGAGUGUUCACCUGCCUAAACGCUCUAUCAUAUACACUCGGUCCCUUGACCGUGGCAAUCAUCGUUAACUACACCGGCGAGUUUGAGAGCCGGUGGGCCUACAGAGCAGUAUUCUGUGCACAGUACGGAUUUGCCGUCAUUGCUGCUAUCGGAGUCUUCUUCAUGCCCGAAUCGCCUUGGUGGCUUGCGUCCAAGGGGAGAAUGGACGACGCACUCAAGAGUCUGGCUAAACUGGGCCAUAGAGGCGAGCAGGGUGUCUCCAAGCUUGCGUUGAUUCAGCAGACACUCGACAAAGUCAAGCAGGAGACCGAGGGUGCAACAUAUAUGGAAUGCUUCCGCAAGACGAACUUGCGGCGAACGAUCAUCUCGAUCAUGCCACUAAGCAUCCAGUCGCUUUCUGGUGUUAUUUUCGCCGCCUCUUACUCGACUUACUACAUGCAACUGGCUGGGUAUAGCACAGCGGAGAGCUUCAAGCUGCAGAUCGGUCAACAGGUGCUGUCCCUAUUUGGCAAUGUCUGUUCGUGGUACCUUGUGGACCGUGUUGGAAGAAGGAACUUGACCUUCUACGGAUUACUCGUCCUCACCGGAAUCCUGUUCGUCAUGGCAGCUUGCGCUACUGUCGGAACCCCAGGCCCUAUCAAGGCGACGAUUGCGAUGAUCUUGCUGUACUGCUGGUGGUACAACGUGACCAUCGGGGCAACGGCCUAUACAAUUCUGGCUGAGGUUUCCACUUCACGACUACGAGGAAAGACUGUCGCUAUCGGCUUCGCGUUGCAAAACAUUCUCAACAUGAUCUGGCUCUUUGUCCUGCCGUAUCUUUUCAACCCCGAUUAUGCCAACUUGGGCGCAAAGGUCGCGUUUAUCUUUGGAGGCCUAGCUGUAUUCUCUCUGGUGUACCUCUUCAUCUACCAGCCAGAGACAGCAGGCCGUUCGUAUCAAGAACUUGACGAGAUGUUCACGAAGAAGGUCCCGGCGCGCCAGUUCAAGAGUUUCCGAACAGAGUCGCAAGAGCAGAACGCCCAGUUGACGGGCGAUGCAGCGAAGCAAGCCGAGUUGUAG